UCUAGUUCAUUCGCACGUGCUCUUAAUUAAUCUUUGAAUUUUUGAACCUUAAGCGUAUAUAAAUGUUAAGAAAACAUGCAAGGCAAAGGCGGGAAUAUCUACGCAAGAAGUCGGUUACUGAACGCCUUAAAUCAUCAGAGAAACUUAAAGAAAAUCUCAAUGGAAUUAUAAAGUUUAGUAGGCCUUCUAAAGGUUUAAUGCCUAGGGCCAUUCAUUUGUAUAAUACACUCAAAUAUGAUAUUCAAGGUACAAGCAGCAAAGCAGUUCCUGAUGAAUAUGAGUUCGCUGGAUGUGAAGAUCCAAAAAUUAUGAUAACAACUUCUCAUGACCCAUCAUCACGAUUAAAAAUAUUUGUAAAAGAACUGCGGCUAAUAUUCCCUAACGCUCAACAAAUGAAUCGAGGCAAUUACCAAAUAAACUCUAUUAUGCACGCUUGCCGAGCCAAUAAUGUGACUGACUUUAUAAUUGUGCAUGAACAUCGUGGAACACCCGAUAGUCUUGUUAUUUGCCAUCUGCCAUAUGGACCUACUGCAUUUUUCAAUAUUUCUGAUGUCGUAAUGCGGCACGAUAUUCCUGACAUUGGUCCAAUGACUGAGCAGAAACCACACUUAAUAUUUCACAACUUUAAGAGCGACAUUGGCGUGAGGACGAUGAAAAUAUUAAAAUAUUUGUUUCCUGUUCCUAAGGAAAAAUCGCAAAGAGUAAUAUCUUUUAUAAAUAAUGACGACCAAAUCCUAUUUAGACACCAUCGAUUUGAAAACAUCAAAGGAGAUUUGGAUUUAAAGGAAAUUGGGCCAAGGUUUCAAUUAAAAUUGUAUCAAAUUAAAUUAGGGUCAUUGGAUAAUAUAAGAGCAGCUAACACCGAAUGGGCUUACCGACCAUAUUUAAAUACGUCAUCAAAGCGGCAUUUUAUUUCUGCUGACAAUGGAAUAUUAAAAUCUUAAAAUUCUCCCCCAUUUUGGAAGAUUAAAUAAAAUUUAAUAUUUUAUUUCUCGUA